AUGGGAAAAAAGAAACAAGUCCGCAAGUUCGGCGAAGUGAAACGAAUGCUCAAUCCAAAAGAUGACCGCUUGAAAGCAAAUCAAAAAGUUACCGAUGCUGCCAAAAAGGCCUCCUCUUCCGGACAACAAAUCACUCCGGACGGAACCAUCGUUCGCCAUAUCUCCACUCCUGCCUCAUCCAUGUUUUUCGAACAUAACACCCAACUUGGCCCACCAUACCGCAUUUUGGUCGAUACAAACUUUAUCAACUUUGCACUACAGAACAAAAUCGAGUUGGUUCAAGGAAUGAUGGAUUGUCUCUACGCCAAAUCCAUUCCAUGCAUUACUACUUGCGUUAUAAGCGAGUUGGAAAAGUUAGGACCGAAGUAUAGAAUAGCAUUGAGGGUAGCAAGAGAUCCAAGAUUCGAGAGAUUGGAAUGCAGUCAUAAGGGAACUUAUGCAGAUGAUUGUAUCAUUGAAAGAAUUACUAGUCAUAAAUGCUAUAUUGUAGCAACCUGCGACAGGGAACUUAGGAGAAGGGUAAGAAAGGUACCAGGUAUACCAUUGAUGUAUAUCGCAAGUAGACAGUUUAGGAUCGAAAGGCUACCUGAUCAGGGUAUGGCUUCAUAA